ACUAUAAAUACAAUCCCCUUCCAUUAUCUCCUCAUCCUAAAUAGUCAUCCUCCUCAAGUCACAGAGCUCUAACCACCUUUCCAACAAUUAUGGAGGGCAGAAAACUCAAGAUUUUCAUCUCAUCCUGUCUGCUUCUCUCUUUGGCCUUCCCUUCAGUCACCAUGGCCGAGGAAAUCCCCAAAAAACCAGAGGAGAAGACAGCAGCAGUGGUGGUGGAAGGCAUGGUCUACUGCCAGAGCUGUGAACAGUUUGGAUCAUGGUCCUUAACUGGGGCUGAGCCUAUCCCUGCUGCCAAAGUCAGUGUCAUCUGCAAAGACCACAAGGAUCAAGUCAGCUUCUACAAGGCUUUUGAGACCGAUGGGAACGGUUACUUCUAUGCUGAACUUGAUGGCUUCAAGAUGAGCCAUAAUAUUCUGGAUCAUCCCCUCCACUCAUGCCAUGUGAAGCUUGUUUACUCGCCUCUUGAGAACUGCAACCUUCUCUCCAAUGUCAACUAUGGUCUCUCUGGUUCCCCACUUCGCUAUGAGAACAAGAGAUUGUUUGGGAAGCAUUAUGAGGCUGUGAUCUAUGCUGCAGGUCCCUUGGCUUUCCGUCCUGCUCAUUGCCCUCCAAAGACUCAUGACUGAUUUUAUUACCAUUUGUUUGUAAGCUUCGCAUUGAUGUUCAGUCAGUUUCCUUCCAUUUUUUUUAGCUCCUGUUGAUUCAACAGUUCCUUUCCAAACAAGUUGGGAUUUUGUUUUCUUCUUGAAUAAACUGGAUUCAAUUGUAGAAAAUCCCCCAAAAGCAAAUAAAUGAAUGAUUCAGUCACA